UCCUGUAAUGAUCAGAACAGGAGCUGCAUUGUUGCUUCCACAAAACAUGUUCCGCAUUAUCGUCUGAAAAUCGAGCUCAGAUCUAAAAUGGCCAAAAAACAGACCAUAACCUCCCUCCCAUUCAACUGUGAGACAUGUGGAGAGGUGUUUCUCGAUGGUUUGUCUCUAAAAUCACAUCGACUCCUUCACUCCGGGAGGAAACUACACGCCUGUGAAUACUGUGGGAAGCUGUUCCCAAGUCCAGCUAAAGUUCGGAAUCAUCACAACGUGCACUUCAAGAAUAAGAAAUCCAAACAAGUGCAAACUGGGGCAACAACUGAGGAUGAUAAAACAAAAGUGUUCAACGUCACAGUGAAAGAGGAAGACUGCUCGACUCCCAUCUCCUCCUACACUCCAGGAAGCAGUAAUUCGAAUGAACACCAGGGGGCGGCAUUCACCUGCGAAACCUGUGGAGAGGCAUUGACAUCCAUCACAAACCUUCAGAUACACCAGCGCAUUCAUGCUGGGAGGAAGAUCCACUCCUGUACCUUUUGUGGGAAGCUGUUUCUUGCUAAGUUUAAGCUUCGAGAACAUGAGAGGGUCCACACAGGGGAGAAGCCGUACACCUGCGAUACCUGUGGAAGCACUUUCACCCACGCGUCUAAUCUGAGAGUUCACCAGAUCGUCCACACAGACGCGAGGCCGAACGUGUGUAAAAACUGCGGAAAGACAUACAAAAGUAAAACAGCAUUAAAAAAGCAUCAACAACUGGAGGCUUUAAAGGAAAAGAGCGCAGCAUUGGUCAAGAAAGAGGAGGAGACGGACCUCACCUGUCACAAAUGCGGAAAAGAAUUUACUGACCCCAAAAAACUCAGAGUCCACGAUCGCAUUCACCGAAAACCAAACAUCUGCAAAUUCUGUGGAAAAGUGUUCCUGAAACCGUCCCAUAUGAUCCGUCACGAGCGACUUCACACUGGAGAGAAGCCUUUCAAAUGUGAGGAGUGUGGUAAAUGCUUUCGGUUGAGUUACCUUCUCAAAUCGCACCAAAACUCACACUCUGGAGAUCGGCCGUACGUCUGCGAGCUGUGUGGGAAGGGGUUCUCUACUCCACAGACGCGAUCUAACCACCGGAGGUUUGUUCACGCUAAACCGGAGGAGAGCUGCGUGUGUGCGGUCUGUGGGAAAAUGUACAGGUCCGACUCUGGGCUCAGGAAUCACAUGCUGCGCCACACAAGCAACCUCAUCACUACAACCGAGAUAAAUACGACAUCAGACGGAGGCGCUGCUGAGGAAAACCCUGUGAAACCCGUGUCUGAGACUAAACUCUUUGCUUGUGUCAAAUGUGGGAAGACAUUUUCGGCCUUUUUGAAACUGAAACUCCACCUGCGCGUCCACACAGGGAGGAGAGUCCACCAGUGUAAGGAAUGUCCCAGAGUCUGUCUGUCCCCGAGUCUCCUGAAACAGCACGCCCUGACCCACACCGAGCAGAAGCACACGUGUGAACAGUGCGGAAAAGUUUUUAAAAAUAUCAGAGUUUAUCAAGAUCACAAGAACCUGCACACUAAGGAAGUGAUGAGACCGUGUGAAACUUGCGAUAAAGUAUUUUGGACUCGCAACAGUUACGUUAGCCAUGUAAAACGCUGUAAUGUUUUAACUAAACCUCCACAGAGCGAAACUAAAAUGCAAAACUGAUAUAUUCAAUAGCAUUAUAUUUUAGGUUUCAGAUGGCAUCACAGCAUUCUAUAGGCCAAUUUUAUUUAAAGCUGCACUGUGUAACUUUUCUGGUGGAGUGUCCAUCAAAUGCUUUUCUCCGUAGAUUUGUAAUUGCUUUUUCUGGUUUCACAACAUUGCAUUAAACCUUUCUAUCAUCAUGGAAAACCAGACCAAGUUACAGCUCAGAUCUGACAUCACCAUAGAAACGAGCAAGUGACUUUCCCAAUGAAAAAGUUACACAGUGUACCUUUAAUUGAGUGAAAGUUUUAGUUGCGCAAAAGCUGACAAUUUGACAUUAUUGGUGUUCUCUUUUUUACUUUUUCUCAUUCUUCGAAAAUACUAGAGAAUUAUGAAUCGAACUCAGACACUUGAGUAGUAGUAUAAUGUAACUUCUUGGACCACUAUUUCGUGCUUCUACUUGAAUAAUAUUAUUUUGAAGUAACACUACUCUUACUUGAGUACCAUUUUUGCUACUGUACCCACCUCUAGACAUAUAAACCAUAUAUUGUAGUAAGUAAUUAUUGGUGGUGGACUUGUUUAUGUGAUGCUUAAAUAAAUGUUUAUGGAUUCGA